AUGGCGUAUCCAGGGUUGCGAAAUUAUGGCCUAAUGCCAGGAUUCCUUAUGCUAUCUCACCGCAUUACUCAUCUCAUGAACGCGCUCUUCUUGCUCGAGCUGUCAAGCAGUAUCACGAGAAGACGUGUAUUCGGUUUGUGCCUCGGUCUGGCGGUGAACCUGAUUAUUUAUUCAUCGGGAAAGUGGACGGUUGCUUUUCCGAAGUCGGUCGAACAUCCGGUGUGCAGGUUACUGUCGCUGGACAACGGCUGUAUGGAAUACGCCACGAUCAUCCACGAGAUGAUGCAUGUCGUCGGAUUUUAUCACGAGCAUGAGCGGUGGGAUCGCGAUAACUUUAUCGACAUCAUCUGGCAGAAUAUCGACAGAGGUGCACUGGACCAGUUUGGAAAGGUAGAUUUGAGUAAAACAUCUUACUAUGGACAACCAUACGACUACAAAUCUAUACUACACUACGACAUAAGAACGGCUUUCCGACGAUGUUACCGAAACAAAAAUUACCACGAGAAGACGUGUAUUCGGUUUGUGCCUCGGUCUGGCGGUGAACCUGAUUAUUUAUUCAUCGGGAAAGUGGACGGUUGCUUUUCCGAAGUCGGUCGAACAUCCGGUGUGCAGGUGCUGUCGUUGGACAACGGCUGUAUGGAAUACGCCACGAUCAUCCACGAGAUGAUGCAUGUCGUCGGAUUUUAUCACGAGCAUGAGCGGUGGGAUCGCGAUAACUUUAUCGACAUCAUCUGGCAGAAUAUCGACAGAGGUAGGUGCACUGACCAGUUUGGAAAGGUAGAUUUGAGUAAAACAUCUUACUAUGGACAACCAUACGACUACAAAUCUAUACUACACUACGACAGUCUGGCAUUUCGAGCUAUAAGAACUGCGCUUUUUCGACGAUGUUACCGAAACAAAAAUGUAGGUAUACCCUUUACUCUAGGGAAUAGAAGUAAUUUGGCUGAUAGAGAUGGCCUGAAAAAAAAAAUUGAAAGGCCAGUCCACUCUAAGUUUAAUUGGGCGCGUAUUCACUUAAAGGGGUGGCUUCUGGGUUGCUUACCACUUUCGAUUCUUGGUGACAUUUUG